GCUUAAUCUAUCGGCGUAAGCAGCGUAGCUCUCAUAAAACAAUAACAUUGAGAACCAGUCAUUUCAACCACAUUGCUUUGGCUUUGCCAUGGCCAAGAUAUUGCCCACCGAUGGCAUCUGGAUACCGGAGUCGUGCAGCUUUCCGGAGGAUGUGAUGAUCGAUAUGAUGGAGGGACUAUUCCGCGAUGUGCCAAACCUAACGCACAAGGAGUACCUGGCGCUGGCCGACCUGCAAUCUAGAUGGAUGGCGAAGCUGGCCAACCGACAGCCGGAAUCGAAUCCCCUGCCGCCAAAGCCAAAGAAGCGUAAGAAAAUCGCUCCAAAGAAGCAGGACCAGCCUGUCGAGGAGAAGGGCAGCGAAGUCGACAUCUACGAUGUGGACGACAACGAGAUGGUCAACAAUCGCAUCUACAUUCCGCGACUGCGUUCCGCUUGGAGAGCUCGCUAUUUCAACAUUAUGAUGCGCGCCUUUGUCAUCAAACGGGGACUAUUGAAUAAGCACAUUAACUGGCAGAUUCUCGACAAGAUCAUGGCAGCCCCCGACGCAGAGGGACAAGCCGAGCUUCAGGCGUUUGUUGACAAAGUGGUCGCAGGCCAGGAAAUGUAGUCCUUACAGCCUCCUAGGAUAAGCACCCAAACACAUAGAUAUGUAAAUUCAAAAUAUCAAUUGUUUACUCAAAUUAAAAAUAACAAUUGUAUAAUCAAAUCAACCUUUGUAAAAUCAUACCAAUUGAACAUAAGCAUAGGUGUGAAGCAAAACCAGAGCCAAUAAACCAUACGAAUGCCAUCGUCUUCUGUGGGCCAAAUCAAC